AAUCCAAAAAUACUAAAAUAAUUUUCUUAUUUUUCUCAACUACUCCGCCAGUAGCGAGCUUACAGAAAAUGCCGUUCGUCUUCUUCUUCUUUUCCCAGCACUGGUUCUUCUGCACUAAUACAACCUGACCUGUGGGAUUACAAAAAUGUCCCUAAGGAAUCCAAAUAUUCUCCGAAUACCUUCAGUCAACUGUUCUCCCUCCGAUGCUCAUCUUGCAAUCAAAGCAAUCCAAUAUCUCAAACGCCACCCUUACCAGCUUGACUCUCUUUCUUCCGAUUUUACCCCUGAUGCAGCCUCCUAUUUACUCCUCAAGUCCCAAUUGGACAAAACCCUGAUCUUGAGCUUCCUCCACUGGGCUCGGACCCGCAAGUUCUUCACCUUCCGCUGCAAGUGCCUCGCCCUUCACAUCCUCACCCGCUUCAAGCUCUACAAGAGCGCCCAAACCCUCGCCGAGGACGUGGCCCUCAAUACCAUAUCCGAAGACGAAGGUGGAAAUUUGGUCUUUGACUGUCUCAGCGAGUCUUUCCAGCUCUGCAAUUCGAGCUCCGCAGUUUUCGACUUGGUGGUCAAAUCUUACUGCCACUUGAAACUGACGAGUAAGGCUCUCAACAUCGUUAACUUGGCCAAGUCUCGUGGUUUUAUGCCUGGUGUUUUGUCGUAUAAUGCUAUUAUAGACUCCAUAAUCAGGUCCAGAGCGUCGGUUAAAGAGGCGGAGGAGGUUUUUAUUGAGAUGAUUAAAAAUGGGGUCUCGCCAAAUGUGUUCACUUACAACAUUCUGAUUCGGGGUUUUUCUGGGGCUGGGAAUUUGGAUAUGGUUUUGCAUUUUUUCGCCCAAAUGGAGAAAAAUGGGUGCUUACCUAACGUGGUUACAUAUAAUACCUUGAUUGAUGGAUAUUGUAAAAUGAAUAAGUUGGAUGAGGCUUUCGAGUUGUUAAGGUCGAUGGCUUUGAAGGGUUUGGAGCCAAAUUUGAUUUCGUAUAAUGUUGUAAUCAAUGGAUUGUGUCGACAUGGGAGGUUGAAGGAGACAGGUAAGUUUCUUGAGGAGAUGAAAAGGAAGGGGUACGUGCCUGACGAGGUUACUUACAACACUCUCGUUAGUGGAUAUUGCAAGGACGAUAAUUUUCACCAAGCUCUUAUUUUGCAUUCUGAGAUGGUUAGGAAUGGCUUGUCUCCCAAUGUUGUUACUUAUACAGCAUUGAUAAGUAGUAUGUGUAAGGCUAGAAAUUUGAAUAGGGCAUUGGAGUUUUUUGAUCAGAUGCGGGUUAGAGGACUUUAUCCUAACGAGAGAACUUAUACAACACUGAUUGAUGGUUUCUCUCAACAAGGGUUCUUAGAUGAAGCUUACAGGUUUCUGAAAGAGAUGACUUCUAUUGGAUUGUCACCUUCGAUUGUGACUUAUAACGCCAUUAUUAAUGGCCACUGCAUUUUAGGAAAGAUGGAAGAAGCCAUGGGAGUCAUGCGAAACAUGGUGGAAAAGGGAUUAACUCCAGAUGUGAUUAGUUAUAGUACUGUUAUAUCUGGGUUUUGCAGGCAUCAGGAGUUGGAGAAAGCAUUUGAAACGAAGUUGGAAAUGGUUGAGAAGGGUAUAUUUCCAGAUGCUAUCACCUAUUCAUCACUUAUUCAAGGUCUUUGUCAGCAGGGGAAACUUGAUGAAGCCUGCAACAUAUUUCAAGAGAUGGUUAGUAUGGGUUUGCCUCCUGAUGAAUUCACAUACACGACCUUGAUCAAUGCUUAUUGUGUAGAAGGGGACUUGAAUAGAGCCCUUCAAGUACAUGAUGAAAUGGUACGAAAGGGUUUUCUCCCUGAUGUUGUUACCUACAGCGUGCUUAUCAAUGGACUUAACAAACAAGCUCGGACAAGGGAAGCAAAGAGGCUUUUGCUUAAGCUUUUCUAUGAUGAGUCUGUCCCAAAUGAUGUCACUUAUAAUACGCUUAUAGAAAAUUGUUGUAGUACUGAAUUUAGAAGUGUGGUAGCUCUUGUCAAGGGAUUUUGCAUGAAAGGUUUGAUGGAUGAAGCAGAUCGAGUUUUUGAGGCAAUGCUUAAAAGGAAUUACAAGCCCGACGAGUCAGUUUACAAUGUCCUUAUACAUGGUCAUUGCCGUGGUGGAAAUGUUGAAAAGGCAUAUAACCUGUACAAGGAAAUGUUGAGUUUUGGUUUUGUUCCUCAUACUGUAACAUUAAUAGCACUAAUUAAAGCUCUUUUUACUGAAGAGAUGAACAAUGAACUGAAUCAAGUCAUAACCAAAACAUUGAGAAGCUGCCGGCUUAGUGAUGCUGAGCUCGCAAAAUUACUUGUUGAAAUCAACCAGAAGGAAGGAAAUAUGGAUGCAGUUUUCAAUGUGCUUGCUGACAUGGCCAAGGAUGGCCUUCUUCCAAACAGUGGCCUCAAUGCUUAUGCUGGACGAAAAGAACUAUGAAAUUCUCAACUGUAAACAGAGUUCAUUAAGGUAACCAUUGACCUAGGAGAAGAUGAAGAUGGUAGGUUGAGUUGACAAAUGAUUUGCUGCGGUAUUACGAUUUUAUCAAAAAGAGCUCAGCGUUGAGAAAAUUGUUUUCAAUGAUGAGAUCAAGCAGGAGUUAAAAGUUUCAGUUUUAAGAGCGCGUAAAGGCUCCUGGGAAGUGUCAUCUUGUUGAACCCGCUAAAAAAGGCACAGCUGCCAGAGCUAAAAACUCAAGUAAAUAGAAUGUUGACGAGGGCUUCUUAACUUAGAUCAUGCAGCCAAUUGUUUGACAAGACUCAUUUUAUGGCUGAAACCUUGUCACUCAUUUACUGGAAUCACUCGUUAGGGGACUAAAGUCACAUUUAGUUCCCAAGUCACAGAGGGAGGACCUCCGAGUUAAAGUCGGGGGCCUAAUUUUUUUUUGGGUAAGGGAGGAGGGACAAAAAUAAACAUAAAAUGAAAAAAAAAAAUGUUUUUAGUGGAAUUAAAACCCUUGUCUUCAACCUAUAUUUUAAGUAGCUUAACCAUUAUAUCAAAGUUAAUAUUAUGUUUGUAAAUAUCAUCUUUUACUACAAAUAUCUGUUGUAACUAAUAAAAAUGUAUAUGUAUUUUUUUUCAGAGGUGAUUGUUUGUCCCAUCUCGCUUAUAUAUGGGUCCGCCCGUGGUUCCAUGGUUUAUUGUGCUUACAUUUUGUACCCGGCAAACAGCGACAAUAGAAGAAUAUGGCUAUACUGAAUGGAUUUUCACUCUUCCAAUUUCCUUAUUUAGACAAAUGAAAAUUGUUACAAGUGAGAUCAAGAACAUUCUUCAUCAUCAUGAUUCAUAACUCCAACCAACACGUAUUAGAUUUACUCAAAGCAUCAAAUCAUGAUACUCAUAAGUACCAAAGUUCAAACCAUAAUAUAAUUUGAUAUAAGCAUCAAAUCCAUUUCUUGUCAAGAAAAUCAAAUAUUAAAAAUGGGAUCAAGAACAGCAAAAUAAAGUGAACCACUAACUCUCCAAUUUUAACUGAUAACUAAAACAAGCGCCCAGAAAGAAAUGAAGAAACAACACAAAAUCCUCGAAUGCCACAUGUCACAACUAAAGGCCAGGGAAUAAAUGGAGAAGCAAGAAAACGAAUUUGAAGCCAACUAAAAUUCUAUUAUAGUGAAUCGCAAUUUCUACCGCAUUCAAAAACAUGAACAGCAUACACAACAACGCUGCACCUUAGGCUAUUCCCUCGGAUCAAUAACCCAAAUUUUGCUUUCACAUCAAAAACAAAACAUCUAAGAUUAAUGUGCUGAAAAAAGCUUUCACAUCAAAAUAUUACUGUUAUUUUCUUGUAGAUCAGAUUAAUAAUUAUUCAAGUCCCCUGAUUACUAUAGUCGACCCAAUCCAUUUGGAUUAAAUAGUAUUGAUUACUGCCUGGAUAUACUAAGCGAAUUUCUUACCCAAAGAAACUUUAUUUGCUAUUAAAUUUAGAAUAGGAGAAUAAAAACAAGCAUUACAGGGAUAUACAUGAGUUUUUGGGUAAUCAUUUUGAAUCCCAUUUUCUAGUUAAUUGGUCAUACAGAGUAGUAAUUGCAAGUUAACUUUUACCUAAACAUCUAGUUUAAAAUCCUACUCACAACUCAAGAACUAAUACCAAGAAGAUGUAAACAUGUUUAACUUCUUACUAAAAGGAAAAUAGAGGGCUCACUUACAAAAUCCUAUCUGGAUGAAAGCCUUUGGUGCAAGUCCUCAGCCAAUGCCUGCCUCAAGCUCUCACCAAAGUAAUAAAACGACUUCUCGCUGUCUAGCACCCUGGGCGGGCCUCCAUUCUCAUCAGGCUCCUUCCAAAGCUCUGGUUCCGGCUCUUUGGCAAUCUGACACAAAUUAUGCAAAACACAACAAGCCACAAUUGUCUGCGGGGCAUGAUUAAGAUCAACGUUCAAGUCCUGAAGAAUCUUCCAUCUCCCUUUGAGCAACCCAAUUGCAUCAACUACCACAGACCGGCCUUUCAUAAGCAUCCCAUCAAACAAGUUCUGCGCUGGGGUGCCCAUCCCAUUGGGUGAAAAUGGCGUCAGUAAGAAAGGCAUCAUGGGAUAGCACCAGUCCCCAACGAUGUAUGGUCGAACAGGAUGACCUAGGACAUUAAUAGCCUUGUCCCAAACAAUGUCGCCUGAAGUCAGUCGAUUAUAUAGAAGACUGUCCCGAAAAUGGGCAGCGUCGUCAGUCCCACCAGGAGCCUUAACGCAAACGUCCCAGAAGAUUCUCUUAUGGUCAGCCACCACCUGAAGUUGAACAGAGUGAUAUCCAUAUCGGCAUUUGUAAUUACCAGACAAAUUCUGGUCACGGGGAAGCUUAUGAAGCUUAAUUGGGCUCCCAUCAAUGGCACCACACAUGUUGGGAAGCGAAGUCAGCUCUUCAAAAGCUUGAGUAGUCUCAAUAAGCCGGCGGCGGCUCACUGGGAUCUUGAUAAAUUCUGGGUAGAGCUUGGUAGCAAGUAGGCGAGUAACCAUGUUAGUGAUCUUGGAAACAAGAUAGGGGUCAAGAGAAUACCUAGCAGCAACGGUUUUUGCGGACCAGCCAUGGGAGAGGCGAGAAAGCACCAUGGCGACGGCGUAAUCAGAAGGAAGUGAGAGAUUGGAGAGAGCGAUAUGGGGCUUGAGCUUCUCAACAACGGUGAUGAAGACAGGGUAGGAGAGGCCGUACAUUGAACGCCACUGGGCAUCUCGGAGAGGGGCCUCAAGGGACCAGAUGUGCUCGGUGGAGAGGGCUCGAAAGGCGGAGACAGAGUAGUCUGAGGCAGAAGAUUUUCCGGCAGAGGAAGAGGGAGGGCGAUUAGCGGAGGACCUGGCGGGGGAGGGGCGAGAGGAGGCGAUGUAGGAGAGGACAGAGGCGAUGGUGAAAAAGAGGAGUGGAGCUGCGGAGGAAGAGGUGAGGAGGGAAGUUGGGGAGGAAGAAGAAGAAGAAGCGGCGGAGGCGGAGGUGGGUGAGGAGAGAGAAUCGGAGAGCAAAGAAGUUGUUGGGUCGAGGGAGUUCUGGAGAUGUAGGAGAUUCGAGAGCAUGAGUAGGAAGGGCUGAUCCAUCUUCUUCGAGAUUUUUGAAUCCCAAGACAGAUGAGAGAUUGAUUUGUAAGGGCCCCUGGGUGGAGGCGGAGAUCAGACUCAGGUCGCCACCGGAAAACGAAAACAGACUUUUCUUUUCUUCUCUUUGUGCGCUGGUUAAGGCUCACCAGGGUUUGUAAAUUGGGUCAACCCAAUCACAGCUCCGGCGGCCGGAUCCGCUCACAUUAAUUUAAAUAUAUAUGUGGAGAAAUAAAAAGGGAUUUUUUACCAAUUUAUAUUUAUAACCUAAAAAGCGAAAAUAAACGUAAAAGUUUCUAUUUACAAAAAUACC